AUGUCGGGAGUUGGAGAUGAAGAUCGAGCCAUGUCGGGAGUCGGAGAAGGAGACUCAGACUCUGUCUCGAAGGUUAGACAAGAAAAAAGACACUUCACCAGUUUGACCACAGAGCAGCUGCUGGAGAAUUUGAAAAAAUUGUCGGGACCAGGAGCAGAGGACGAGAGAAAGCGAAGAAUCAUAGUUUAUACGCAGAAGGAGAAGAACAGGAGACAGGAGGCCAAAGAUCAGGCUAGGAAUAAGGAGAAGCAGGCCAUAAAAGAGAGGAACCGAAGACAGGAGGCCAAAAACCAAGCCAGGAAUGCGGAGAAGCGCGUCAGGAGAGAGAUGCAGCAGAGACGGGAGUUAGAGAAUCAAGCCAGGAAGAAGAUGAACCAAAUACAAAUGGCAGAGGAUCAAGCCAGAUGGGCUGCCAGAGAUACUCAGUAUAUAGUGAUGGGUAUAUCGAAUCCAGCGGAGAUGAAACAGAUCAUAAAGAGGGAGGCGAGGGAGGAGGCUGAUCUUGAUAUGUUGGAACCGAGGGAGGAAGUCGAGAGCGCAACAUCUCAACGUUUCGAUCUAGCAGAGCUUAGUGGCCAACGCUUGUCGGGAACCACAAAAUUGAAGCAAUUCUUUGAACGGAGAGAGGCUUUCAGAGUCUACCAUGGGUCGACCAACAGUACUCGCGGUUCGAAUCGUCGUCGAGACCGUAUGAUUGAUACGAGUAGGUUAGAUCGAGUGCUCAAAGUGGACACUGAGAAAAGGACUGCUCUUGUCGAACCAAAUGUCCCAAUGGAUAGGCUUGUUGCUGAAACUCUUCGCUAUGGCCUGGUACCCCCAGUGGUUAUGGAGUUUCCAGGUAUCACUGCUGGAGGGGGCUUUGCUGGCACUUCUGGCGAGAGCAGCUCUUUCAAGUAUGGCUUCUUUGAUUGCACAGUCAAUUGGAUUGAAAUGGUUCUUGCAAAUGGCGAUAUUGUAAUGGCUUCCAAGAAUGAAGAGUCAGACCUCUUCUAUGGUGCUGCAUCAUCUUUUGGAACACUAGGAGGUACGACCUUGAUUGAGUUACAGUUAAUCGAAGCUAAGACCUAUGUCGAGUUGACAUAUAUAAACAUACGAAGUAUGGCAGAGGGGAUACAAAAGAUCGAGGAAAUCACCAAGGAUCCAAGUGUUGACUAUCUUGAUGGAAUCCUGUUCAGCAAAAAGGCUGGUGUCAUCUGUUCCGGACGCCUGGUCAACACACUUGAACCUAAUACACAGAUUCAAGGCUUCGUGAAGAGUUCAGAUCCUUGGUUUUAUCUCCAUGCGAUGAAGAUCCAUGAUAGAAGCUCGGGAUCAGUUACAGAAGCUAUUCCUCUUGUUGAUUAUCUGUUUCGCGAAUCACCGCUGGGUCUUCUCGCCGAGAGAAAGGAAAAUUCGUCUACUCCUGAUAUGUUGCUCAAUUUUGGGGCUUGGGGACCAGGACCAGAUGGUCGCGAUGCCUUCAUAUCAUGGAACCGAAGAUUCGAACAAAAGGUUCGAGAGCUGGGUGGUCAGAAAUGGCUGUAUGCUCAUGCCUACUAUACCGAGAAGGAAUUCGAUGAGAUCUACAAUCGCAAGGAAUACGACGCUCUUCGUGUCAAGUAUCAUGCAACCUACCUCCCCAGUAUUUACGAUAAGGUCAAAGUUGAUAUCGAGUUAGAACACCGGGAGUUGCAAGCAUCGUGGAGCUUGUGGUUACUGGCAAUCUUCUGGAACAUUUGGCCGUUGAGUGGGCUUUAUGGGGUGUUACAGGCAUUUUUAGGUGGAUACUAUCUUCUGCCAAAAACUCAGGUAUCGAGCAAAAUACGUUCACUAAAGGAUAGGGUGAACUGA